AUGGCAACAGUAUCUAACGAAGAAGACCGGAAAGAGGUCGCGGACCGCGCCAGUGACAUCAUGAAAGUUCACUCUAAUACUCGAGAUGAUCUAGGAGAUCAGCAGCCAGAUCCCUCAACCAUCCUCACAUCUGCGGAUAACAGGAGGCUACUCCUACGAAGCGACUUAGUUGUCUUGCCGAUUCUCACCCUAACUGCCUUCUUCGCAGCCUUAGAUAAGAAUGCUUUGGGAUAUGCCGCUGUGUUCGGUAUACGCCAAGACACCGGCCUAGUAGGGCAAGAGUACUCCUGGCUUGGUAGUAUUGUUUACUUUGGCUUCCUCAUCAUGCAGUUCCCCAACAUGUGGUUGCUCAUCAAGGUCCCGCCUGGCACAUAUAUGGCCGUCCUUGUCACGGUCUGGGGCAUUCUUUUGCUUUGCAUAGGGGCCGCUCAAAACUUUGCUGGCCUUGCUAUCAUUCGUUUUUUUCUUGGUAUUUUUGAGGCUGGCCAGCUACCCGUGUCCAUGAUUCUGACGUCUAUCUGGUACCGACGUGAGGAGCAUGCUCUCCGUACAGCCAUUUGGUAUAACACCUUUGCCGGUAUUUUUGGUGGCAUUCUAAGCUAUGCCAUCGGCCAUAUCCAAAGUUCGUUACCCAUUUGGAAGGUCCUCUUCCUUAUUUAUGGCAGUGUCACCUUGGCGUUUGGUGUUGUUGUGUUCUUCGCCCUCCCAAACUCACCAAGCACCGCUUGGUUUUACAAUGAUCGCGAUCGACAAUUGGUAAUCAUCCGCACAGCUGGUAAUAACACUAGCACGAGGUCCAUUGCACCUUGGAAGCUUUCCCAAGUUCACGAAGCCCUGCGAGAUCCCAAGUACUGGGUAAUAUGCGUGCAGACAAUGGCCUGGGCUAUUGUUAAUUCUGGCAUCACCAACUUCAAUCCCCUGAUCAUCUCUGGGUAUGGCUUCACUCAGAUGAAGACUACGCUAAUGGCAACACCACAGGCAGCAGUGGCCUUCGUCAGUCAAGUCGCUUUCGCAGUAAUUGCUUAUUUUAUUCCAAAUAUCCGAUGCGCUCUCUGGAUUGGAUCCACGCUGCCGGCGUUAGCUGGCGCCAUUAUGAUCAACACACUAAACAUCGACCAGUAUCGUACAGCAUCACUAGUCGGUGUAUAUCUAAUGGGCUUCUACAAUGUAGCAUGGAUUAUGAUGAUGAGCCUUGUGGCAUCCAAUAACGGCGGUGCCACAAAGAGAAGCUUCGCCUCCGUGUCGGUCGCGCUGGUCUAUGGUCAGUUUACCCCUUGCUCUCUGCUCUCGGUCCGAAUUACUAAUUUCCUGUAG